AUGGACGCCUCCUCCCUCCGCAUCUCCAAGUUCGAUGGAACUAACUUCCACGCCUGGAAGUUCAAGAUGCAGAUGGUGCUGGAGGAACGGGACCUAUGGGAGGUCGUCAGCGGUGAGAUCAAGGCGGAACAGUGCGAGACUCAGUUGGACCAAGCGACGUACAAGAGGAAGUCAAGAAAGGCGAUGGCAGUGAUCUGUCUAGCCAUGGAAGAUUCCCAGCUACCGUUGGUCCGGUCGGCAAGUGGUGCAUGCGACGCAUGGUCAAGGUUGGAAGACCACUUCGAGAAGAAGAGUCUUGCCAACAAGCUGUUCUUGCGCCGUCGCUUCUUCACGACAAUGAUGGAAGAAGGCGGCGAUGUGCUCGAACACAUCAACAAGCUCAAGACGCUGGCGGAACAGCUAGAAGCGGUGGGGGCUCCAGUCUGCGAGGACGAUCUGGUGAUCACACUCCUCGGCAGCCUGAGUGACUCGUAUCAAUUCUUGAUCACAGCUUUGGAGUCGCGCUCAGACACUCUUAGCUGGGAGCUCGUGACGUCUCGACUGCUUCAUGAAGAAAUGAAGCGGAAGGAGCAAGGAAUUAAAGGUGAUGAAGCUUCGCAAGGUCAAGCGUUCAUCACAAGGGACAAUCAGCGCAAAGGGCGACCAGUGAAGAAGUCCUGGCCGUGCCACAAUUGCGGAAAGAUUGGUCACUGGAUGGCGGAGUGCCCCUCGCGCAUCCAAGAAAACACGGAGAGACACCGGCCACAGCGUGCUCAAGACAGCGGCGACCGCUAUCGAUCACAACGUGCAAACGUCGCUCAAGAAGAAGACUCGGGCGACUACCUCUUUUCGAUCGGUGAAACGACAUCUGCGAAAUCGAGCGACAUCUGGCUGGUCGACUCCGGGGCGACGCAGCACAUGACGUGCUCCAAGAAGUUCAUGCGGAACUACAAGGGGUUUGACGCUGUGGAUGUCCAUCUCGCGGAUGAUGGAAUCGUCCAAGCAAUCGGCAGUGGGGACAUUGUCAUGUCGAUGAAGACACCCCAAGGGAUGAAGAAAGGUGUGCUCACAAACGUGUGGCACAUCCCAAAGUUAUCCAGAAACCUGUUCUCGGUCGGCCGCUUCACCAAGGAUGUCGGCCCAGUGACGUUCACGAAGGAUGGGUGCUAUGGAGAAGCGAAAGGGACCAAGUGGAAAAUUGGUGCCCGUGAAGGUAAAGGGCUGUUCAAGCUGCAAAUGACUCCAGUGGCGCCGGAACAAGCAAAUGCAGCCAAGUCGUCGGGAUGUCAAGGGGGCACCAAGUCGUACCUCUGGCACCUUCGGCUUGGCCACAUAGGUCACGAUGGACUCAAUUGCAUCGUGACGAAGAACAUUGGAAUUGGCAUCGACAUAUCUUCGGUGAAGAAGUGGGACGUGUGUGAAGGUUGUGCUCUGGGAAAACAGACUCGAGUGCGCUUCCAAUCAAACACUACAGCUCGCACCUCCAAACUCCUCGAAGUGAUUCACAGCGACGUAUGCGGACCGAUGUCGAUGGCAACUUUCAGUGGAAAACGGUACUUCGUGACAUUCAUCGAUGACAAGUCAAGAUACUGUGUCGUCUAUCUGCUCAAGAGCAAAUCUGAAGUUGCGGCGAAGUUCAUGGAAUACGCUGCGAUGGCCGAAACGCAAACCGGAAAGCGCGUGAAGUACCUUCAAAGCGACAAUGGGGGUAAAUACAAGUCCGACAAGCUGGCACGAUUCUGCGCGGAACGGGGAAUACAACAAAGGUUCACACCCCCAUAUACUCCUCAGCUAAACGGAGUAGCUGAGAGAAUGAAUCGCACGCUGGUCGAGUGUGCGCGUUGCAUGAUGGAACACGCUGGACUGGGAAAGAGCUACUGGGGUGAAGCAGUGAUGACGGCGAUGUUUCUUCGAAACCGCUGUCCAACACGUGCCAUUCACCAAGACAAGUCUCCAUAUCAAGUGUGGACGAUGAAGAAACCGAUUCUGGCCAACCUUAAAGUGUUUGGAUGCCACGCGUAUGUUCAAGUGCCUCAAGACAAACGCGCGAAGUUCGACUCCAAGUCAUCACUCUGUCGUUUCCUGGGAUACGCCGAACACCAGAAGUCAUAUCGAUUUGAGGAAGUGUCAACAGGAGCGAUCAAGAUCAGUCGCGAUGCCACAUUCAUGGAAGACAAGUUUGAUGAAGGUACGCGCAACUACAACGAUGAGUCAAGUGUCGUUGAGUUUGAUGAUCAUGAUGAGGACGAAGAAAAAGAAGAAGGUAAAACUGACGACGACAUGGACUCGAGCGACGAUGACAACGAAGACACCGGGUCUUCGAAGAGCAACAUCAAGAGACACACGCGCACUCAAUCACUUGAGAAAGCUACCGUCAUUCCAAGUCCCAAGCGAAGAACAUACAGAGGUCCGUCGCUUGAGCAUGUGUCAGCGGCUGCAAUGGAUUUUGAAGCAGCCUACAUCGUUGAUUCAGUGGGGGAAACGCCGACUACAUUCAAGUCGGCGAUGGAAUCAAGCGACUCCGGCAAGUGGAAAGAAGCGUGUGACUCGGAGUUCGAUUCGCUUCAGAGAAACGACACGUGGGAAAUCGUGCCUCUUCCGAAAGGUCGCAAGGCCAUCGGGUGCCGAUGGGUUUUUCGUGUAAAGGAGAAUCAAGAUGGCGAAGUUGAACGUUUCAAGGCAAGACUUGUGGCCAAAGGAUUCUCACAGAAAUUCGGAGUUGACUAUGAAGAAACUUUCGCACCGGUGGCCAAGUUCACAUCGAUUCGUGUGGUGCUCAGUAUGGCGGCUAAGUACGGCCUAAUGCUACAUCAGAUGGACGUCAAGACAGCGUUUCUUAACGGCUCCCUCAACGAAGACAUCUACAUGGACCAGCCGGACGGAUACCUGGAUGCAACACAGCCGGACUAUGUGUGCAAGCUAAAGAGAUCGCUCUACGGCUUGAAGCAAUCGCCUCGCAUGUGGAACCAAACAAUCGAUGGGUUCAUGAUCAAGAUGGGAUUCAAGAAGUGCGAAUCGGACCACUGCAUCUACAUCAAGCGAGACGACCAAGACAUGAUUCUCGUGGUGCUCUACGUCGAUGAUCUCAUCCUGGCCAGCAGCAACAACGAACUCCUCAAGUCGACCAAGAUGGCGCUGAGCAAACGCUUCGAAAUGACGGAUCUCGGUGAGCUCGAUUACUUUCUCGGCAUGGAGAUCAAGAACGACCGUAAGACGGGAAUGGUGACUGUACAACAAACCAAGUUUCUCAAGUCCGUGUUAACCAAGUUCCGGAAUGGAUAA